CUGUCUCUUUGAUCUGUAACAGCAUUCUCCAUCACUUGACUCUAGAACAGGCCAUAUACCUAUAUCAGAUGGUGAUAGCCGUGAACAGCUAAUGAAAGCAUCCUCAGUCGAUGCUGACAGCCGGGAACAAUUGAUUAAAGACCACCUAACUAAUCGUAUUAACCAGCUAACACUGAAUCUUCAGUUGGCUGAAAGCAAAGCAAUUAAUUUCCAUGCAGAGGUCCGGGCCUUACAUAAAAGAUUAGCUAUUGCAGAAGAAGCCAAAGAGAAAUCUAUAGAGGAAUUAAAACAGGCCACAACAGUGCAAGCCCAGCUGAAAGAUGAUUUAGCUACCACAACUCGUAGCUAUGAGGGCCAACUCCGUAUGAUGAGUGAGCAUUUGGCCAGUAUGAAUGAGAAACUUACCACUCAGAAGGACGAGAUUGAUGAAUUAAAGAUGCAGCAAGCAAUGUCUAAAGUAAGUAUCUACCUAAAAUUCAUUUUCAUUGUUGAAAGCUGGAAUCUAGUUCAAGCCUUUCUAAUGAAUAAGAAAACUAGAUUUCCUCAUCAACCAGCACAAAGCCAACCU